GUGACGUAGGAUGCGCCGGACCGACAACAAGGAAAGUGCGCAGUUGGUGUCUGUGCGCGCGCUAUGGAUAACCCUCUUCACCACGGGCACAUGGAGCACAGAUGGAUGUUCUGGAAGAGAAGACGUCAUCUAGUGACAUUCCUCGCAUUCCUGGGGUUCUUCAAUGUGAACAUCCUCAGGACGAACUUCUCCUACGCUCUUGGUCCCAUGACCUCUUACCACAAUGUCACCCUGGACAACGGAACAGUUGUGGAGAAACAAGACUUCAGCUGGAAAAUUCAGGAUCAAUCAAAUAUCUUGCGUGCGUUCUUCUUCGGAUAUGUCACCACUCAGAUUCUAGGAGGGUGGCUAGGUGCCUGUCUGGGUGGCAGUCGAGUGUUCGGUGUAGGGGUGGCCUUUACAGCCCUCUUCACUCUUCUCACGCCUCUUAUGGCCAACACCAGCUUCUACUUGGUGAUAACCAUCAGACUCAUGCAAGGUCUCUUUGAGGGUGUCACUUAUCCGAGUAUUAUCGCCGUCUGGUCUCGGUGGGCGCCUCCCCAGGAGCGAGCUCUGCUAGUUUCCAUCGCCUUCUCAGGCAACUAUUUUAGUAUCAUAGUCACCUCCAAAGUUUGCAGCCUCAUCGCCAAUACCCUAGGCUGGCCGUACAUCUUCUACAUCACAGGUAUAAUCGGUUUAAUAUGGUGUGCUGUUUGGUGGACUGUGGUGAAGGACAAACCGGAAGACGAUCCUCACAUCUCCCCUGAGGAACUAAAGUUCCUGAAAGAGAAUCUUGACUGUGGACCUAAUGACUUUAUUCCUAAACAUAUUAUCUAUCCUUGGGACAAGUUCGUCAUGUCGAUGCCUGUAUGGGCCAUAGUUGUGGCUCACAUCUGCAUGAGUUGGAGCCUCAUUAUACUGGUCGUUGAGCUGCCGAUGUUCAUGAGAGAUGCCUACAACUACGAGAUAGAUAGAACCGGGCUCAUAUCGUUCCUGCCGCAUCUGUUGAUGGCUGUCCUCAUGCCGGUUGCUGGAACAUUGGCUGACUGGUUGAGGAACACAGAAGUGCUCACUACUACACAAGUGCGGAAAGUUUUCAACUGUGGUGCCUUCAUAAGUCAGGCGAUAUUACUGUUCCUUGCAGGACACUUACACUCUGCUAACGGUGCAUUAUUGUGUCAGAUAAUGGCCACAGGGCUGUCAGCAUUUGCCUGGGCUGCCUUCAGUGUAAACCACCUGGACAUAGCGCCUCAGCAUGCCAGUGUUCUAAUGGGACUUUCCAACACAUUUGCAUGUGUUACAGGUCUUCUGGGUCCAUAUUUUAUCAGCUACAUUAUCAGAGAAGGGAGUGUGGACCAGUGGCAGUUUGUGUUCAACGUGACCAUCGUUGUCUACCUCGUGGGGGCACUCUUCUACUGGAUAUUCGCUUCAGGUGAGAGGCAGCAGUGGGCCAAGGUCGACCUCCCUGCAGCUGACACUCUAUCACGCCCACAACGAAGCCAUGUCAUUUGAUUCUGUAUGAUGAAUUGUAAUUAAACUGUUGGAUAUGUUUGUUACUGAA